GAACAUUCUGGAGAAUGCCAGCUGUGAAGCGGACACGCUCGGCUGGAGAGAGAGUCAUGAAUGGCAAAAACGUAAUAAAGCCUGAAGCGAAGGGGCAGACUGAAGAAGAAAUGAGAAAGCUUAGUAUUAGAGACUCCUUGAAAUCUUUCUUUGAGCCUCAUCUUCAUCCUGACAAUGGUGAAAUGCUCAAAGUAACAAAAACUGAAAUAGAUGAGAAAGUGGACAAAAUCUUGGGAAUUGUUGAGAGUGGAGAUUUUGAGGAAGAUGAAUCCAAAAGAGUAGUGGUUGCAGAGUUAGUGAAGGAAUUCUACAAAGAGUAUGAGUCCUUGUAUAGCCAAUACGAAGAUCUAACGGGUGAGAUCAGGAAAAAAGUCCAUGGGAAAGGAGAUGACGAGAGUUCUUCUUCUUCGAGCUCAGACUCUGACUCUGAUAAGAAGAGCAAGAGAAACGGGCGGGUCGAGAAUGACAUGGACUCGGUUAAGAAACAGAUCGAAGCUGCAAAUCUUGAAAUCGCUGACCUGAGAAGGAAGUUAGCAACAACUGUUGAAGCAAAAGAAGCUGUAGAAUCAGAGCACCAAGAAACUUUGAAGAAGUUAGAGGAAUCAGAAGAGAUCUUUGGUAAUCUGAGGCUUGAAACUGAGAAGUUAGCGACUGAGAACAAAGAACUGAACCAGAGACUGGACGUUGCAGGCGAGACGGAAUCCGAUCUGAAGAAAGAGAGAGAUGGACUGGAAGCAGAGCUUGAUAAGAAGUCUAAAGAUGACGAGAGUGCACUGGAAGCAAACAACCGUCUACAGGCGCAAAAGAACGAAACCGAAGCAGAGCUAGAAAGAGAGAAGCAGGAGAAAGCAGCGUUACUGAAUCAGAUAAACGAUGUGCAGAAAGCAUUGUUAGAGCAAGAAGCUGCAUACAACACGCUGAGCCAAGAACACGAACAGAUCAACGGUUUGUUCCAAGAACGAGAAGCAACGAUCAAGAAGCUAACUGAUGAUUACAAACAAGCCCGGGAGAUGUUGGAAGAGUACAUGUCGAAGCUGGAGGAGACAGAGAGAAGAAUGCAAGAGACGGGUAAAGAUGUUACGUCGAAGGAAAGUGAGAUUGUAGAUCUCGAAGAGACGAUGGAGAGUCUACGUAACCAAGUAGAGAUGAAAGGAGAAGAGAUAGAGAGUUUGAUGGAGAAAAUGAACGACAUUGAGGUUAAACUGCGUUUGUCAAGCCAGAAACUGAGAGUAACAGAGCAAGUGCUGAGGGAGAAAGAAGAGGAGAUGAAGAGCAUAGAAGCUAAGCAUUUAGAGAAGCAAGCAUUGCUCGAGGAGAAAAUCGCCAUGACUCACGAAACAUAUCGUGGUUUGAUCAAAGAGAUUUCAGAGAGAGUGAAUUCGACAAUUGUGACUCGGUUCCAAACACUGUCUGAAAAACUUGAGCAGACGCACGGAAGCUAUGCGGAAACGGUGGUUGAAGCAACGAAGAUGCUUUUGAAGGCGAAGAAGUGUUUGACAGAGAUAAAGAAGGAGAAGGAAGAGAUGGAGAAGAAGCUUGAAUGUAAAGUAAGAGAAGAAGGGAUAGAGAAGGAGAAGCUGAAGGAGACAUUGUUGGGAUUAGGAGAGGAAAAGAGAGAAGCGAUAAGACAGUUGUGUGUAUGGAUCGAACUCCAUAGAGACCGUUGUGAGUAUCUUGAAGAGGUUUUGUCCAAAAUGGUUGCGGCAAGAGGACAAAGACGGUCACAACGAGCAUGGAUUUGGAUUGUUGGUGAGAAAGUUCUUGUGAAACUGUACCAACUUGGAUGGCCCGAGAUGGAGUCAAGAUCGACCUCUGGUGUGGUGCGUCGUAUCCGUCCAUUGGCAGGAACGUUCAGAUAUUAUCCGUACACUGUAAGGAAGGGCUCUGGGAAGGAGGAGAUGAAGGAAGAGGUUGUACGACUAGGAGUUGAGCUCUCACUCUGUGUAGCCGAGUCGAUAUUGCUACUCUCUGAUGACAUUCGUACUAUGCUUUGGUUCUGCUUUAGGUUAUGGAGGGGUUUGAUAUCGUACCGGAAACCAAUGUUGGAGAGGCUGCUCCUGGUCAUUCACCACGUCUACUUAAGAGAUAUCAAACCCAAGAACGGUGUGUACAAGGAGGGUGGAAGCUCGGUGCACUGGGAACUGAUCAGGACCACGUGGAAGGAUUUGGCGGACGGAGUCAUAGUCUUGCAUCGCCUUGAAACCGUUCUCCGAAGAAAAGAAAGCUCUUUUGAUGAUCGAGUACUAUCGUCAGCUGUUGCGAAAUACAAGCAGCAAGUGCUGAAGAAGCUCCAGUGUAAACUGAGGCCGAGUGGGUUUGGGAGGGAGACGAUAGAGAACAUUUGGAAGUCUCUCUUUGACGAAGAAGAAGCAACAAUAACCACAGAGGUAAGGAGUAGGAUUCUUGGCGACCUGUUUACGCCUAUCUUGGGCAAGCCAGUCCAUUGCGAGGUAGUGGCGCUGCCUGUGUCUUCUCCUUACAUUCUAGGGAAGAGUUUUUCUAUGAAGGAUCUGGAAGAAGAGGUUGUGCGACUAGGAGUUGAGCUCUCCCUGUAUGUGGCUCAAUCAAUGUUCUUGUUGUGUGAUGACAUACGCACUAUGUUAGAGUUCUGCUUUAAGUUAUGGAGACGUGUGGUAUGCCAGAGUCCCGUGUCAGAAAGGCUGCUUCGUGUCAUUCAUUAUGUCUACUCAGAAGGCAUCAAACCGAAGAAGGGUGUGUGUCUGGAUUGUGGAAACUCGGUCCACUGGGAAUUGAUCAAGACCACUUGGGAGGAUUUUUCUGACGGAAUCAUAAUCUUGGAUCGUCUUGAUAGGGUUCUCAGGAGUAAAAACCGCUCUUCUCAUGAUGCUCUAUUGACGUCGGCAAUCGAAAAAUACAAGCAGCAAGUGCUGAAGAAUCUCGAGGAUAAACUGAGGUGCGCAAAGGCUGCUUCGGAGGCGAGUGGGUUUGUGAGGGAGACGAUACAGUCUACCAUUUUCGACUUGUGGAAGCCUCUGUUUGAUGAAGAAGCAACAUGCAAAGUGAUGAUGAGUAGGAUGGAUAGCGACCUGUUUACGCCUAUUUUCGGCAAACCAUUGCGUAGCGAGAUAGUGGCCCUGCCUGUAUCUUCUCCUUACAUUCUAGGGAAUGAUUUUGAAACGCAGGAACUGGAAGAAGAGGCUGUGCGACUAGGAGUUGAGCUCUCCCUAUAUCUAGCUGAGUCGAUGUUCCUCUUGUGUGACGACGUACGUAGCAUGUUACGGUUCUGCUAUUGGUUAUGGAGAGGGACAAAAAUGAUGGCGCCUGCUCGUAACGAGAGUCCUGCCGUGGGGAGGCUGCUUCGUGUUAUGCAAUAUGUCUACACAAAAUAUAUCAAACCGAAGAAAGGAGCAUAUCAGAAUGAUGGCAACGAUUCAUUGGUCAGGACGAUUCGGUCCACUGGGAAUUACUUUAAGCAUGCAUUUAUAGCUCUUGAACGCCUCUUCUACUUUCUCAAAGUAGGAACGAGAUGUGGCCGAGGGCAUGCGCUUUUUAUUGAAGGAGGGGUGAAGGAGGUAGAGCAGAAGUUGUGGUGUGUGAAGGGUGUUGCAGAGGCCAAUGGGUUUGCCAGAAAUGUGAUGGAGUCUAAGUUUUUGGAAAUGUGGGAGUCUCUCCUUGACAGAGAACCCAAGGAAUCUAAACUCACUCUCCAAGCCAUAAACAAAGGACUCGUGAAGCAGAGAAGCCUUUUCCGCCUUCACAUAUGCUUCUUUGAGCUUGAGAAGAAGUCUAAAGAUGACGAGAGUGCACUGGAAGAAAACAACCGUCUACAGGCGCAAAAGAACGAAACCGAAGCAGAGCUAGAGAGAGAAGCAGGAGAAAGCAGCAAAAGCAUUGUUAGAGCAAGAAGCUGCUUACAACACGCUGAGCCAAGAACACGAACAGAACGAGAAGCAACGAUCAAGAAGCUAACUGAUGAUUACAAACAAGCCCGGGAGAUGUUGGAAGAGUACAUGUCGAAGCUGGAGGAGACAGAGAGGAGAAUGCAAGAGACGGGUAAAGAUGUAACGUCGAAGGAAAGUGAGAUUGUAGAUCUCGAAGAGACGAUGGAGAGUCUACGUAACCAAGUAGAGAUGAAAGAAGGAGAGAUAGAGAGUUUGAUGGAGAAGAUGAACAACCUUGAGGUUAAACUGCGUUUGUCAAGCCAGAAACUGAGAAUAACAGAGCAUAAAGAUGGAUUUGGAUUGUUGGUGAGGUUUGUA